AUGAAGUUCGUUCGCUUCAUCAUGAAAAACGCCGCUUUGGCCAGCGCGCCAAAACACAUCGAGCAUUUCUCCAAAUUCUCCCCAUCGCCGCUUUCCAUGAAGCAGUUCAUCGACUUCGGUUCCAUAAACGCCUGUGAGAAGACCUCCUUCGUGUUCCUGAGGCAGGAGCUGCCCGUCAGGCUCUCCAACAUCAUGAAGGAGAUCAACCUGCUGCCCGACCGCCUGCUCACCACCCCCUCCGUGCAGAUGGUGCAGAGAUGCUGGGAUCCGGAGCCCGGAUCUGGAGCUCAGAUCUGGAUCCGGGAUCUGGAUCUUAGAUCUAGAGCUGGGAUCUGGAGCCUGGAUUUAGAGCUGGGAUCCGGAGCCUGGAACUGGGACUCAGAUCUGGGGUUCAAAUCUGGAACUGGGAUCUGGGAUCCGGAGCCUGGAUAUGGGGCUCAGAUUUGGGCCCUCGUGUUCGACGGCACCACCAACCCGGUGCACCCCAACACCAUCGGCAGCAUCGACCCCCACUGCCAGGUGGGGGACGUGGUCCAGGACGCCUUCCACAGCGCCAAGAUGCUGUGUGAGCAGUACUACCUCUGCUCCCCGGAGCUGGAGCUGCAGGAGAUGAACCGUAAGCCCCCCCAGACCGUGAGCGACCGUGGCGGUGGCGUGGCGUUCCGGCGGAUCGAGAACCUUUUCAGCUACAUGUACUCCACCGCGCCCGCGCCGCAGAUAGGAGACCACGCCCGCACGCCGCUGGCCGGGUUCGGAUACGGCCUGCCCAUCUCCCGCCUCUACGCCCGAUACUUCCAGGGCGACCUGCAGCUGUACUCCAUGGAGGGAUUCGGCACCGACGCCGUCAUCUACCUGAAGGCGCUGUCCACGGACUCCAUCGAGCGGCUGCCGGUCUACAACAAAACGGCCCUGAAGAACUACAAACUGAGCCAGGAGGCCGACGACUGGUGCGUUCCCAGUAAGGAGCCGCUGGACCUGCGCAACUACAAGGUGGUGUAG